ACGCAGCCUUGGGUGCAGUCGUCACUCGCGUCUGGCUACCAGCUCCCCGCUGCCCUGCGCGGCGGGCUGGCAUCGGGCCCGAGGCGAGCUGAUCAGUUCGGUGUGGCACUGUUUGUGGUUGAGGCGAGGGAGAAACGGAGACGGAGACAAGAGAACUGCACAGAAUCAAUGGAGGGCUUUUCAUGUUUGAAGUAGGGCUUUUUAUUCCUGAAAGCAAAGGAAAGAGGGGGAGACGGUUUUGGAACUAUGGAGGUUAGUAUGAAGAUCCUCCUGCAUGUCUGCUUCGGAGCCUGAGAUCAUUGGAAGCAAGGAAGCAAAGAAGAAAUUAUUUCUGAUCAGAAUAACCGGUCUAAAGGUAUGCUUUAGGGAGCUUCACCGAGCGAAAGGAUAGAAGAGGGGACGUCUUCAUUCAUUCCAGGUCUACUUCCGGUGGCAGCUCUACUGGCCUUUAAGGGGUUAAGCACCAUUGCCCAGACACACCACCCUCUUUCCUAGCCUGAGUAAGCCCUCUUAUACAUUGCUCUUGCCUUAGCAAGAGUGAUUACAUGGGCCGCGUUAUAGACGUGGGCUGGGCAACUGCAGGACUAGUGAUCUGGGCUGGCACCUGUUACUGCAUUUACAGAUUAACCAAGGGAAGAACUCAGAGUGUGAGCAGAUUUGCCAGAAAUGGGUCCAGAAUCGAGACGGAGAGUGUGGUUGGGGUACAGAACCAGACCUUGGCCACAGAUGAAGCCAUGGCUGGGACAGAAACUGAGACUAGAGCCAUAACUGGACCAGAAACUGGAGAAGGAGGUGAGCCCAUGGCUGAAGUAGACACCGAGAUCCCUGUUCUAGUUAGACCCAAUAUCAACUGUCAGGCCAAGACAAUGCUUGAGGAAGAGAUAGAGACUCAUUCUGGGACCAGUUCAUUGGUGGAAGCAAUGGUCAUGACAGAGUCAGUGACUUUCACUGAAGUCACAGUCCAAGCCAAGGAGGUGACCAUGAAAGAGGCAGUCACACAGACUGAUGCUGAGGCUGAGGAAGUAGGCAAGAGAGAGGCAGUGACUCAGACCAAAGCUAACGCUUGGGCAGUGGCUGACAGGGCAGAGGUCAAGAAAGAAGCAAUGACCCAGACCAAAGCAGAAGCUUGUACAUUCACUGAAAAAGAGACAGAGAUUAACAGAGUAACAGUGACACAGAGUGAGGUCUUGGCAGUGACCAAGGAAGUAGUCAAGAUUGGAACCAUGAAUGAGACUGGAAUCGUGGCGGAAGCCACGAUAAGAGCACUGGAAGAGCCUGUGAGCGUGACUAGGACUCACUCUGAGACUAGAAUUGAUGCAGCAGUUGACACUGAUGGACUUCCCCAUGAUAUGCCCCUCAUAGUGGCUGGAGUGGACGUGAAGUCCUAUGCGCAGCCUCAGACUGUGGCCAUAAUCCAAAACGAUGACACGGUCGUUGAUGAGGCUGAUGACAAGGUGAAUCUGAAAGCCACAUCAAAGGCAGGCUCUGGGGUAGAUCCAAAGGCUUCCUCUCAGCCUCAGAUUGUUGCCAACAUUCUGGCUGAAUCCUCACCAGGGGCAAGGGAUGAUGCUUGUGAUAAUACAAAUGACAUUUGUGAAGCCGAGGCAGAUACGAGAGCCUGUAUAAUACAGCCUGAGACUGUGGCCACAACACAGGCCGAGGCAACGCCUGGUGCCGUGAUCGAUGGCGGAGAAGAUGCCAGUGUUGUAUUUAAGACAAGGACUGGUGCAGACGUAACCGAUACAGAUCAUCAAGCUAUAAUCAGUGAUCAGACUGAAGCCAUGCCCGAUGCCAAGGUUAAGGGCAAAGGUAAUACCAAUGCCACGGCUAAAGCAGGGGCCAAGGCAAACACAAAAAACAAUUUGCAGACGGAUGCCUUGCCUGAGACCGGGGAUAAAACCAGAAGUGAUACCAAUGAUGUGGCUAAGGCAGAGACUAGUAUAGACGUGGCUUUUUGUACUCAGCCCGAGCCUCUGGCCAGUGUUCAGGGUGAUGACUUGCCUGAUGACAAAAUCAAGGCUAAGGACAAUGCCAAUGCCAUACCUAAGGAAGGAGCUCAGACUGUGGCCCAGAACCAGGGUGAAGCCUUACCUAAUACUAAAGGGAAGGCUAGAGGCAAAGCCAAAGCCAAGUGUAAAGCGGGAGCUGCGACGGAUGUGAAAACCUGCGCACAGCCUCAAACUGGGACCAAAACCCAAGCCGAGGCCUCAUCUGAUUCCAAGGUUGAUAGCAAAAGUGACUCUAAUACCGUUUCUAAAGCAGGGGCAAAGGCAGACCAGAAAGCUUGUGGUCAGCCACAGCCUGUGGUCAAUUGCCAGAAUGAGGCCUUGCCUGGUACUAAGAAUAAGGCCAAGGGCAAUCCAAACCCUCCGCCUAAGGCAGAGACUGGGACAGCUACAGCAGGCUCUGCCCAGCCUAAUGUUGUGACCAGUUCUCAGAGUGAGACUGCACCUGGUGCCAAGAAUAAGGUCAAGGGUAAUCGUAAUUCUGUGCCUAAAGCAGGGGCUGGGCCAGAUACUACGGGUUCUGCCCAGUCCCAGACUGCAGCCAAUUCCCACAGUGAGGCCUUACCUGGUGCCAAGAAUAAGGUUAAGAGCAAUCCCAAUGUUGUGCCUAAAGCAGAGGCUGGGGCAGGUGCCUGUCCCCAGUCUGUGGCCACCUCCCAGGGUAGUGCCUUGACCGGUACCAAGACUAAGGUCAAGGGAAAUUCUAGUGCUGUGUCUAAACCAGAUGCUGGAGCAGGUACAGUGGGCUCUGUCCAGGCCAAGGCUGUGGCCAAUUCCCAGGGCGAGACCUUACCUGGUUCCAAGAGUAAGGCUAAGGGUAAUUCUAAUGCCGUGCCUAAGGCAGAAGCUGGGGCAACUACAACAGACUCUGUUCAACCCCAGGCUGAGGCCUUGCUUGGUGCCAGAAAUAAGGUCAAGGGCAAUUCCAAUUCUGUGCCUAAGGCAGAUUCUGGGGCAAGUACAAUACUGGCUUUGGCUUCUUCCCAGGCUGAGGCCUUGCUUGGUGCCAGAAAUAAGGUCAGGGGUAAUUCCAACACUGUGCCUAAAGCAGAGGCUGGGUUGGGUGCAAGGGGCUCUGCCCAGUCCCAGGCUGUGGUCAGCUCCCAGAAUGAACCUUUGCUGAGUGCCAGGAAUAAGAUUAGGUCCAAUGCUAGUACUAAAUCAGGAGCCAAAACAGGGACGAGGAGCUCUGCUCAGCCCCAGGCUGUGGUCAGUUCCCAGAACGGAGCCUUGCUUGGAGCUAGGGAUAAGGGUGUGUCCAGUUUGCAGGUAGCAGCCCCUGCAGACAAUAAGAUCUAUGCGAGGCCGGUCACAGGUGCUGUGCCUACCGCAGAAAUGGUGAGCGUGGUAGCUGCUCAGCCUAACAUGCACGAUUAUUACUGGAAUGGAAUUGGUGUUGAGGACUGGAUUGCUGCUGAGCGGUGGAUCAAAUUUAGAUUUCAGACCAUAGAUGGAGACUGGGAGAAUAGUGUGUCCUGGACCGAGGAGGAGAAUGCAGCCAGUAUUGGACCCUGGACUGGGGCUAAUGAUAAGUCUGGUGUUGUUAGUUCCUGGGCCGUGGCUUGCGAUGGGGCUAGGCCUGAGAAUGAGGUUGCUCUUGGGUCCUGGGUAAGUGCUGACCAGGCCAGCGGAGCUAUCUGGGCAGGAGCUCAGGCUACCGAGGCGGCCUGGGUUGGGGACAAGGUCAGUGGAGGUUCCUGGACUGGGGUCGAGAACCAGAUCAGUGCAGGUUCUUGGGUUGUCUCUGGAAACCAGGCCAUUGCCGGGCCCUGGGCUGUGAGUCAGGUCAGUGAUGGGUCAUGGCCUGCAGUCCAGGCCAGUGGAGUGUCCUGGGUUGUGGACCAGGCUACUGGGACCUGGACUGUGGCUGAUAACCAGGCUGGUGCAGUGUCUUGGACUGGAGCUGGCAACAUAGUUAGUAUUGGAUACUGGACUGGGGCUGUAGACCAGACCAAUGCGGUGGCCUGGACAGGGACUGUUGAUCAGACUGGUGGUGAGGCCAAGCCAAGGUUUGAAGAUCAGGCCAGUGAAAAGGUGACCUGGGCUGGAGCUGUUGUCCAGCCCAGUGGAGAGUCCAGGUUGGGACCCGAAGAUCAGUCCAGUGGAAGGUCCUGGGCUGAGACCGCAAACCAAGCCAGUGCAGCAUCCAGGCUUGGGACUGUAGAUCCAUCUGGUGGUACAGCCUGGCCUGGCACUGGGAACCAGGCUGGUGGCGUAUCUACAUCAGGGGCUGCAGACCAGUCUAGUGGGUCUUGGGCUGGCACUAGGAAUCAGUCCUGGACAGGGACUGGUGAUCAGUCUGUUGGUGGAUCCAAACCUGGUUUUGAGAACCAGACUGGCGAUGGAGGGUCUUGGACUGGCACUAUUGGCCAGGCCACUGGAGGGUCCAAGUCAGUGCCUGAGGAUCAGUCUGCUGGAAGAUCAUGGGCAAAUUCUGGAGACCAACUCAGUGGAGGGUUCUUGGUUGGGCCUUUGGACCAGGCCAAUGCACAAUCUCAGCCUGGGUCUGGAGAACUGACUGCUGGUGGAGUAGAUCAGUCCAGUGGAGGAGGAUGCUGGGCUGGCUCUGGGGACCAGUCUGGUGGAGAAUCUAGGAUGGGGUCCAGGGACCAGUCUAAUGCAGAGUCUUGGCCUGGCCCUGGAGAUCAGACCGGUGGAUGGUACUGCACUUACACUUCGAGUCAGGUCAUUGGAGGAGGCUCCUGGGGUGGGGCCAGUGGUCAGGAUGUUGGAGGGUCGAAGCCAGUGCAGGUGAACCAGUCUAGUAGCGGAUCCUGGCUUGGCACUGGGACUCAGGUCGGCGGUGUGUCGUGGACUGGUGAUCAGGUUAGUGGCUGUUCCAAACCUGGAUUUGAGGAUCAGGCCACGGGAGGAGGAUUCUGGACUGGUGCUGGGGACCAGACCACUGCAGGGUCCAGGCCAGCUGUGUCUGAGGAUCAGUCUAGUGGAGGAGUUUCCUGGGGUGGAGCUGGUGGUCAUGUCGUUGGAGGGUCUGGAACAUGCCCCACCGAUCAGUCCGGUGGCGGGUCCUGGGCUGGCAUUGGGAGUCAGGUCAGUGGAGGGUCCUGGGUCGGGUCUGUGGAGCAGACUAAAUCUGGAUUUGAAGAUCAAGCAUGUGGUGGAAGCUCUUGGCCUGGUGCUGGGAACCAGACUAGUGGAGAAUCUUGGCCUGGAUCUAGGUCUAGUAAUGAAGCCAGUGGAGGAUCUAGGCUAGAUACUCAAGACCAGGCCAGUGGGAGAUUCCUUGUCAGUGCUGAGGUGGAGGCCAAUGAAGGAUUUUGGUUUGGGCCUGGGAGUGAGGCCUUUAUAGGGUCUUGGUGCUGGACAGAAGAGGCUACUAUUUUGCCUGUAGCUGGUUUUAAAGAUGAGACCAGUGACUCCACCGUGUCAGGGACUAGGGAAGAAAGCAUCAUUAGUUCUGGGUUGACGGAUGAAAAGAAGCCAAGUACCGAGUCCUCGACCAGAUCUGAGGAGACAGCUUUCACAGGCGCAUGUGUUGGAGGUGAGGCUGCCACCGUGACUGGAGCUAAGGCUGAUGUUGACACAGAGGCCAAGGUUGGAACUGAGGCUGAGGCUGGAGCUGGGCCGACAGAGGCUGUGGCUGAGGUGGGAGUGGAGACUAGGGCAGAGGUUGGGGCAGCAGCUGCGGCUGCCGCUGAGUCUGAGACUGGUGCUGAGGCUGCUACUAGAGUUGAGGCAGGUGCUGGGUCAGAAGCUGGAAUGGGAUUUUGGUCCUGGGAUGGAGAUGCAGCCACUAAAGGGUCUAGGCUUGGGGCUGAGGCAGAGACUGGAGUUGGGGGAGGGGCUGAGGCUGAAGCUGGGACUGAGAACAGCAUGGGAUUUUGGUUCUGGGAUGGAGAUGCAGCUACUAAAGGGUCUAAGCUUGGAGUUGAGGCAGAGGCUGAGGCUGGAAUUGGGACAGGAGCAGGGUCAGGGUCAGGGUCAGGGUCAGGGGCAGGGGCAGGGGCAGGAGCAGGAGCAGGGGCAGGGGCAGAGGCCGAAGCUGUGACUGAGAACAGCAUGGGAUUUUGGUUCUGGGAUGGAGAUGCAGCAUCUAAAGGGUCUAGGCUUGGGGCUGAGACUGAGGCUGGAGUUGGAACAGGAACUGAGGCUGUGUCUGAAUCUGUGGCUGAGACCAACAUGGAAUUUUGGUCCUGGGAUGGAGAUGCAGCCUCUAAAGGGUCUAGACUUGGGACUGAGGCUGGGGCUGGGGCUGGAGUCGUGGCUGAGACAGGGGCUGAGACCAGAAUGGGCUUUUGGUUUUGGAAUGAAGACUCAACCACCAAAGGGUCUAAGCUUGAGACUGAAACUGGGGCUGGAGUUGUUGCAGAGGGUGGGGCUGAAACCAGAAUGGAGCUUUGGUCCUGGGAUGGAGAUGCAGCCUCUAAAGGGUCUAGGCUUGGGACAGAGGUAGAGGCUGGCUUAGGGUCUUGGACUUUUUCUCCAAAUAUAAAUGAUGAUGAUGAUGAGGAGGAGGAGCUAAGUAGAGAAUCCAGCCCCGGUAUUGAAGAGAUCAGUCUAAGAAACUUGUUUGGGGCUGACAAUGAGGACAAUAAUGACCUCAGAUCUACAAAUGAAAACGAUGCCAAUUCUGAAUCUGGGACUGGGGAUAAGGCCAGCACGAAAGAUGCUGCUGAUGGAGUUGACAUACGGUCUUGGUUCUGUAUUGGUAAUGAAAACAAAUGUGACGGUGAUGAAUCUACAUCUCAGGUGAAAGCCAAAAGGUCAGCUGAACCAAGUGGCAUUUAUCCAUCCAUGGUCCCUGGGGCAGGAAUGGGUGUAUGGGAUGGAACCAUAGUUUGUUCAGAAAGCAAGCUAUUACACCAAAGCAGCUUUCCAGGUGAAGAUGGCUUCAGAAGGCAAGCCGGUGCCGGAGACAAGGUGCAUUCCUGCAACUGCCGCUGUAGACGUGAUGCUAAUCUGGACCCGGAAGAUCUUGAAAAGCUCAUUUGCAUGAUUGAAAUGACUGAAGAUCCUUCUGUUCAUGAAAUAGCCACGAACGCACUGUAUAACAGUGCUGAUUAUCCUUAUCCCCAGGAAAUUGAUCGGAAUAUAGGUGGAAUUUCGGUUAUCCAAAGCUUACUGAGUAAUCCCCACCCUACUGUCCGGCAAAAGGCUUUAAAUGCUUUGAAUAACAUCUCAGUUGCUGCUGAAAACCACAGAAAGGUUAAGACAUAUUUAAGUCAAGUAUGUGAAGAUACUGUCACCUAUCCCUUAAAUUCAAAUGUGCAAGUAGCUGGACUAAGAUUGAUAAGACACCUGACUAUUACUAGUGAAUAUCAGCAUAUGGUUACCAAUUAUAUUUCAGAAUUUCUCCGUUUGCUGGCUAUGGGAAGUGGAGAAACUAAAGACCAUGUUUUGGGAAUGCUUGUGAAUUUCUCUAAAAAUCCAUCCAUGACAAGAGACUUGCUCAUUGCCAAUGCACCAACAGCACUGAUUAACAUUUUUAGCAAGAAGGAGACAAAAGAGAAUAUCCUUAACGCCCUUUUACUUUUUGAAAAUAUAAAUCGUCAUUUUAAAAAAAGAGCAAAAACUUAUCCCCAAGACAGAUUCAGUAAAAGUUCCCUUUAUUUCCUUUUUCAACGACCUAAAGCCUGUGCCAAGAAACUUAGGGCCUUAGCAGCAGAUUGUAGUGACCCAGAGGUGAAAGAAAGAGUUGAGGUGUUAAUAAAUAAACUCUGAUUGGCUAUCUGUUCCCCUUAAAGUUUGAGUAACAUUUUAAUUUUAUACCCUGGACAUGUUGUACAUUGUAAAUUGCAUUAGAACUUUGAAACUAAAUGUUGCCUAUGAGAGUCUAUAGCUGGACAAUUUUAUGAACACCAAAUGAAUUCAAGUUUGUUCUGGAAAUACAUAUGUCAAUUUUUAUCUUGUCUGGAUUGAGAUAUUUUUAGUAUGCUUCAUGAGCAGAAACCAAACUGAUUCUUCAUAAGUAAGGUAAUCUUCGGUCCUUUGUGUGGACUUAUGUUUAUACAUUUGAGACUUUAUUUUUAUGUCAUCAAUAAAGUUGUGUGUUUUAAAAAGCAAAAAAAA